GAGCGAAUCGAAUCAGCGCUGCUGCAGACGCGCAGAGCAGAGGAGAACCGGAAGAUGGGGGAGGAGGGAGACGACGGGCCGACGCCGCUGCUCAAGCGGCGGCGCUCGCCGCCGUGGAGCGCGAUCAGGCGGCGGCUGCUGAGUGCCCUGGCUGACAACAAGGACGCGUGGCGGGCGCACGCCGGGAUGGCCUUCGUCCAGCUCGCCUACAGCGGCUACCACGUCCUCACCAAGGCCAUGCUCGACGUGGGCAUGAACCAGGUCGUCUUCUGCGUCUACCGCGACCUCGUCGCGCUCGCCGUCCUCGCCCCCGUCGCCUUCCUCCGCGAGAGAAGGGAGAGGCCUCCGGUGACCCCUCAGCUCCUCGCCUCCUUUGCUCUUCUUGGCUUCACUGGGCUCUAUGCGAACCCGCUCCUCUUCCUGGUCGGCCUCCACAACACCAAUGCUUCCUAUGCCGCUGCUUUCCAGCCCUCCAUACCAGUGAUCACAUUUGUCUUGGCUGCGAUUGUCGGCGUUGAAGCUAUCAACAUCUCCACGAAAGACGGCAUCCUCAAAGUUCUCGGCACAGUUGUAUGCGUCUCUGGUGCCAUUCUGAUGGCUUUGUAUAGAGGUCCAUCCUUGAUUGGUUCGGGAGGCACCAAUACGGCAAAUGGUAUUGUUACUCCAGGCACAUGGAGCAGCACUCCCUAUCUGGUCCAGUGGUUAACAUCAACCAUGCUGGAGUAUGGUGUAGAAACAUGGCAUCUUGGUGUGUUGUGCCUUAUUGGAAACUGCUCAUUGGUGGCUGUUUAUCUAGUCAUACAGGCUCCUGUGAUGAUAAAAUAUCCUGCAAGCUUGUCCUUGACAGCUUAUUCAUAUUUUUUUGCCUCCAUCUUUAUGGUGUUAACUGGAGUACUUGCAACCGAUGGGCUCCAUGAGUGGGCAUUGACAAAAACAGAGAUCAUAGCUAUUCUAUAUGCUGGAAUUGUUGCUUCUUGUAUGUGCUAUGCGACCAUGACGUGGGCAAACAAAAUUCUCGGACCUUCUCUAGUUUCUCUCUAUAAUCCACUCCAACCAGCAUGUUCCACUAUCCUCUCAACUAUUUUUCUUGGUGAUCCAGUUUAUGUCGGAAGCAUUAUUGGGGGAGUCUUUAUAAUUGCUGGUCUAUACAUUGUUACUUGGGCUCGCUACAAUGAAGCACGGCGAACUUCGAGUGAUGGUUGUUUGAACCCUCUUCUUCUUGGACCUCCAAGAGUCCCCAAGACACAGGAAAGUUCCUUCAUGGAUCCUUAAAUCUCAGUGUAUCAAAUGGUUGUCUCAGUUGUUUUCUCCAGGACAACAGCAAAAGUCACAUGUAUAGAUUUAUUUCAGCAAAUGGUUGUCUCAAUUGUUUUCUCCAAGAUAACAGCAAAGGUCACAUGUAUAGAUUUAUUUCAGCAAAUGGUUGUCUCAAUUCUUUUCUCCGGACAACAGCAAAAUUCACAUGUAUAGAUUUAUCCUGAAUUUUUUUUUGUAUUCUUGUA